AUGUCUGGAGCACCACGUGGAAACCGAGGAAACAGUAAUGGCCGGAGAGCAAGAAGUUCCACUAACUUCGGCUUCCGUGAGAUAGGUAGAGGAAGCUUCAAUAACACUUUGAAUGGCGGAGCGCUCAAUACUUUCGAAGGUGGAAGGGGUAGAGGAGUUGGCAACGGCCUUCCGAUCAGAGGCAUGGGACGCGGUACUAGGAGGGAAAAUUCCUCAUCCGCUUCAGAACAAGAUGCACAGAUCGACAAGGACUGGUUCGAAGAGAAUCAGGUACCCAAGGGGCCCAAAGCCGACCAGCAGAAGACGGAGGAGGUAUCGGCCGUCCCACAAGGAGAUGCGCAUAGGGACAACCAACAACUGAUACCGCGGGAGCCAAAAGCUGACAGACUGGCAAAGAGUCGGCAAGUAGACACCAAGCUCGUUCCCGAACAAGACGCACAUAUCAAGAACGAAGGGAUCGAGGAGAACCAGCAGUCAAUACCGACGGAGCCGAAAGCUGACAGACUGGCGAGGAAUCGGCAGGCAGAAGCCAGAUCCGUUCCAGAACAGGAUGCACGUCCUGAGGACGAACAGAUAGAGGGAAACCAACACCGAAUACCCACAGGGCCACGGGCUGACAGACUGGCGAACAGUUGGCAAACAGAAAUUGAACAAGAUCUUUACAGAGAUGCCGCAAGACGGGCAUACGUGCUGCUACGUCCCUCACCAAAGCACCCACGCCGGGAAAGCAUCCACGCACGUCCUAUCCCAACACACAGUCGGUCACGCUCACCAGAGGAAGAACGAGAAUUUCUCUCUUCUUUCCCUCCACUUCCCUCAUCACCAGCAGCGAACCCACGUCCACCGCCGCUGAACCAACCACCCCCAUCUGUCACCACAUCUGCCGCUCCAUCUGCUAGACCUGCGCGAAGGGAAGCAUGUUCGACUAAUCCUACCGAGAGGACAUUUCGCAAGGUAAGCGCGGCUUCAAUGUCAACACCAUCGGGCUCGACGGAGGAAGAUGAUGGCAAUCUCUACGAUCCGGAUAAGACUGAAGAGGAGAAAGAGAAGAUACGGCAGGAGAUCAAUGAACAUAAUAGGGGCCUGCUGGACCCGCCAUGGUCCGGUCCAAGCCUGGGUUCUGAGAUGGAGGACAUUCAGCGUGGUUAG